AUGGAUGACAGAUAUGUCUCAGUACUCCUGGAGGCUCCGGGCUGUCAAGACGUCAGACACAAGACUUCUCAGUCACUUCUUCCUCCUGAGGCCACGACGGACAGGCUCCUUCAACAGGCAGGUAGUGUAGCAGGCAAGCGACCUUCAGAGAUAAUCACACCUCGAAGGAGCACAGAAGCUCUAGUUCAGGGCCUCCCUCGGACAGGUGCGUCCUUCAGGGCCUCCCUCAGGCAGGUGCGUCCUUCAGGACCUCCCUCGGACAGGUGCGUCCUUCAGGGCCUCCCUCAGGCAGGUGCGUCCUUCAGGGCCUCCCUCAGGUGCGUCCUUCAGGGCCUCCCUCAGACAGGUGCGUCCUUCAGGGCCUCCCUCAGGCAGAUCCGCUACAACGACUGUGUGUACGUGUUGCAUGAUUCCUGUUUGUGUGUUUUGUGCACUUACACUCCACCAGUGUCCCUUAAACAGUAUGUGUCCACCAUAUGUAAUCAUCCGAGCAUCGUGGAUGUUGUGAUCAUAUCCCUCCUCUUUCUCCGUGCCUCACAGCGUCGAGUCAUCAUGAAGACGCCGAUGACAUCCUCCAUCAUCCUGGCUCUCGUCGUCAUGGCCAACAACACAUCGCCCAUAACCAUCGAUAACAGCACAAACGCAUCGCAAGAGAAUACAAACAACGACAAUCUGAUGAAGAACCUAGCUGUCGACAACCUGAAGGAUCUCAUGAAGAACGCAGCUAGUCACACUCUUAGGGAUCUCAUGAAGAGCCUGGCCGGUCUGGGUAACAACCAAACGACGACCUUCCUUCAGCAACUUUUCUCUGGUUCAGAUAUUAGAAAAACGAAGGAAGGCCUAAAGAAAAGCGUUGGGGACUCCAAAGUAGAGGCAGGUAGCUGGGAGAGCAGCGCGUCACUUCUUACAAGAUUUCUUCAGCAGCUGAUGGAAGCAAAGGAACUGAGCACCAUGAUCGUUGAUGGUCUUGGUGUCAAUGAUGAUUUUGUGAAGCCUCUUAGCAGGAUUGUCAAAGCAAUGAGUAAGCUGAUCGCAAAACAAUCAUCUGAAUCUAAGAACUUCGGUUUGUUUAGCAGCGCGAUGCCUAGGACAGAUAAAAGUAGCAUCAUUCAAAAUACAAUCGAAGAUUACUCUAACGAUGGGUCGCCGCCAGUUGUUUCGCAAGCUGUUCCUUCUGAUAUCAACGGAGAGUUUUUGCAGCUGGCUAAGAACAUCUUCGAAGACGAAUUCGGAAGCUUAGACUCCAUAGUACAUUCUAUCGCACCAGACUCUUCGGGUAUACUAGCAAACUUCAGUGCCAACAACACGAGCUUCUGGAUGAUGAUGAAAUCGACGUGGGAGCGUGUCCUGGCUUACGUUGAGGAGGAGAAUUCGUUGUCGUAUUUCAUGCAGCUCACACCAGUUAAAAUCAUUGACAGGAUUAUGAGUCUUGGAAACGACAUGAAUCUCAUUAACUUUCUGGCCAAGAAACUCGAUCCAGAAUUUGGCUUAUUUCUCGUGACUGAGAUCGACCCGUACUUGGGUCCUCUUAGGGAUUUCGAAAGCUUUUACAACUUCACUAAAGACUAUGGUCUGAACGGCGUUUUGGAUUACUUCAGAUCUGAAAAAUUCACUUUUACCGCCAACACCAUGUAUCGCCUCUUUCAAGCUUACCUCGAGAACAAAAUUUCCAGCGAUUUGGUGAAUCAGUACAUCGAGUUGAUAUCCUUCAACAAUGUCGAACUGUACAACUUCUACAAGUCUGUCAUCCAGAGACAAAACGAAAGCUCAUCCGAAGCAGAAAGCAGCGAUACUCAGCAGCGCUUCAAGAGGAAUGUCUUAGAUCACAUUGUGAGUAGUUUCAAGUUUGGGGGUCUUGUGCCCGAAGACUCCCUGCCUCAGUCUGACGAACCUCCGUCUGAAACAUUCAUCAGGAAAGACUACGAAACAGAAGAAACAAGCGAUUACGAUGCAGGAGACAAAUCUGAGGUACUCUGGGAAACAUUAGCUAGAGAUUACAGAACUGAAGAAACUCACGAUUCCAACCCAGAAGAGAAAUCGGAAACGAAGACGGUAUCUCGGAAUGGAUAUAGCUACCCCACGUCUUCCUACAGGAGCUCAGGAGGGUACGGUGGUGGGGGGAUGAUGUAUGGUGGCAGCAGCGCUGGUUACAUGAGUACACUGGAUCCGUAUGUGGUACUGGGAGCUUUGUCUCUGGGGAUACUUCUAGGCUUCCUGCUCUACCGUCUCGUCAACGGCACUCGAAGAGGCCGAAGUGACAUCGGCGAUGGGUCAUUGUCAUUGUGGCUCUCUGACAUACCCAACCAGGUCCUGCCUUGGGGCACCAGCAUAGAACGCGUAAGACGAGAGGCACAAAACUUCAACAAAACAGGUGAAGAGGAGUUUAGCUUGCCGGAGUCCCUCAGGGGAGACGUAUGGUCUACAGAUCCUCUAGUCGGACACGACUUUUUAGAAGAAGACCUUGCUGAAGACGACAUCGCCGACCAUUUGAACCAGCUGUGGCGAGUAUUUCAGGAGACGAGUUCACCAGCUUGCGUGCACUCCCAUCUGUGCAUGAAAGUGACCAACAGCACCACCGACCAUCUCACUGGCAGAGACUCAAGCAUGGCUCUUCUCAUGGCAACAGUGAGCAACAUGAUGGGGGUAGUGAGGUCAGGUCAACUGGUGGAUCACGUGACCAAUAACCUGGUGUUAGGGAACCACUACAUCUGCCCAAAUCCCACCAGCUGCCACCAAUACUUGCUGUAACAACUACAACAUCUGCCUGACUCCCACCGGUUCCUACCAGUGCAUUCGAUAGCUAACCCUAACAACUGCCUGAAUCCCACCGGCUGCCACCAAUAUUUAUAGCAGCCCCUAUGCUGCCUGAAUCCCACCGGCUGCCACCAGCACUUAUAGCAGCCCCUAUGCUGCCUGAAUCCCACCGGCUGCCACCAGUACUUAUAGCAGCCCCUAUGCUGCCUGAAUCCCACCGGCUGCCACCAGUACUUAUAGCAGCCCCUAUGCUGCCUGAAUCCCACCGGCUGCCACCAGUACUUAUAACAGCCCCUAUACUGCCUGAAUCCCACCGGCUGCCACCAAUACUCACUGUAGCUACAAUGUUGUGAUUGUUGUUGUAGUCUGACUGAUAAAAUAUAAAGAUAAGGGGCAAACAUUAAUUUAUUAAAACGGCAAAAUAAAAAAAGAGGAAUAAGAAGUAGCAGUAGAAAAGAAGAAGAAAGAGAAGAAAGAAAAACUAGGAAAACAAUUGAAGAUCUGACAGCAUAAGAAGACACUGGGAAAUUGAUUACAAAUGAGCUAUAUCAUUUUUGACUGUCGUUGCAUAUUACGUAUUGAGCAUAUUGCAGACACUUCUGCCUUGCCAUGCACACAACAAACUUGCAAUAGAGCAUCAAAUAUAUUUGAUUGAUUUUUUUUAGA